CGCUGUGCGCUCUGCUCGCUGGCCCUGCUGGCCCUGCUGCCCCUGCUGCUGGCCGGCUGCGCGGCCGGGCGCGGCGGUUAUGAUGCCCUGAGCUAUUCUGUGGGAGAUGGUGACAAGUGGAGCGGGCGGCAGCUCCUGCAGGCGCGUGAGCAGAAUGGGAGUGACGCUCCAGAGGAUGGGGGACAGCAGCUCUACAUCAGAAACUGCACUGAGCCAGCUCUCCAUGAGUUCCCCAAUGACAUCUUCACCAACGAGGACAGGAGACAUGGAGCUGUUGUCCUGCACGUCCUCUGUGCUGUGUACAUGUUCUACGCCUUGGCAAUCGUCUGCGAUGACUUCUUCGUCCCUUCGCUGGAGAAGAUCUGUGAACGCUUGCAUCUCAGUGAAGAUGUGGCUGGGGCAACUUUCAUGGCAGCAGGAAGCUCUGCUCCUGAGCUCUUCACAUCUGUCAUAGGUGUUUUCAUCACAAAAGGAGACGUGGGCGUUGGAACCAUCGUGGGCUCGGCUGUGUUCAACAUCCUCUGUAUUAUUGGUGUGUGUGGGCUUUUUGCAGGACAGGUUGUUGCACUGUCGUCGUGGAGUCUCUUGAGAGAUUCGAUCUACUACACGCUGUCUGUUGUUGCACUCAUCGUGUUUAUUUAUGAUGAAAGAGUUUCCUGGUGGGAGUCCUUAGUCUUAGUGCUGAUGUAUGUCAUCUACAUCUUUAUAAUGAAGUACAACUCCACCAUACAUCACUUCUUUGAGAGGAAGACAAAAAACUCAGCAAAUAUGGUGAAUGGUUUAGCAAGUAACACAGAGAUGGAUGACAACAGCAACUGUGAUGCCACAGUGGUGUUACUAAAGAAAGGUAACUGUUCCAGAAAUUUCCACCGAAAAGCCUCAGUGAUCAUGGUUGAUGAGCUGCUCUCUGCCUACCCACACCAGCUUUCGUUUUCCGAGGCUGGGCUCCGGAUCAUGAUAACCAGCCAUUUCCCUCCCAAAACACGGCUCUCCAUGGCCAGCCGCAUGCUAAUCAAUGAGAGACAGAGGCUGAUCAACAGCAGGACUUACACCAACGGGGAGUCCGAGGUAGCCAUCAAAAUCCCCAUCAAGCACGUGGUGGAGAACGGAACGGGCCCCAGCAACUCUGCCGAGCGCGGCGUGAAUGGCACGCGGCGCGACGAGGACGCGGCCGAGGCCCGGAACGAGAACGAGAACGAGGACAACGAGAACAACGAGAACGACGAGGAGGAGGAGGACGAUGAUGAUGAUGACGACGACGACCAUGAAGGGCCCUACACGCCUUUUGACCUCCCCACUGGCAAGAUAGAAAUGUUGAAGUGGGUCUUCACAUGGCCCUUGAGUUUUGUCCUGUACUUCACAGUGCCCAACUGCAACAAACCCCACUUGGAAAAAUGGUUCAUGGUCACCUUUGCUUCUUCUACCCUGUGGAUUGCAGCUUUUUCUUACAUGAUGGUGUGGAUGGUGACAAUCAUUGGGUACACCCUGGGAAUUCCAGAUGUAAUCAUGGGCAUCACUUUCCUGGCAGCAGGAACCAGCGUGCCAGACUGCAUGGCCAGCCUGAUCGUGGCCAGGCAAGGUAUGGGGGAUAUGGCCGUGUCCAACUCCAUUGGAAGCAAUGUUUUUGAUAUUUUAAUUGGCCUAGGCCUUCCAUGGGCUUUGCAGACCCUAGCAGUGAAUUAUGGAUCAUACAUUCGGUUAAACAGCAGAGGACUUAUAUAUUCUGUUGGUCUCCUGCUGGCAUCAGUUUUUGUCACAGUUUUUGGUGUCCACAUGAACAAAUGGAAACUGGAUAAGAAGCUAGGGUGUGUGUGCCUUUCCCUUUACGGCAUCUUCCUGUGUUUCUCCAUCAUGACAGAGUUCAAUGUUUUCACUUUUGUGAACUUGCCAAUGUGCAGAGAUCACUAACCCAGGUGGCAGACUGUCGGGAGGAGCUUCCUUUUUACCUGUGCAAUACAAGCCACGGCUGGAAUUCCUGGAUGCAGUGCACCUCCAAGUCGUGACCUAUAUCCUGUUCACUGUUCAUAGGACCCGUGGCCCCGUCUAGGUUUGCCCUCUCCCUGGCCCCCACAGCCUGGAACAACCCUUCAUCCAUGUGAAGAGCUUUUUUCUCAACAUCCGUGUGAUUUCCUUGCUCAGUUUUUGAACAGUGUGACUGAGACUCAAGAUGAACUGGCUGCUAACUGGCGUUAAGCCAGUCAAAACUGGUCUGCUACAAUUCCUUUUUUUAAGUUAUUUGAUGGAAGACUAAUUAAUUUAUGACUUAAGACUAUUGCUACAAAGCAGGAGAGGGUACGUCGUAUGGAGGCUGACUUUCAAGGAGAAUAAUUUUUUUUUUUUUGGUUGUGGAGAGUGUUUUUUGUUUGUUUUUAGCUUUUAGUUUUGGGUUUGCAGGGUUUUUUUGUUUGUUUGGGGGUGGGGGUGUUGCUUUUGUUCUUUUUUUUUUUUUUACUUGCCAGAGAUCAACGUCCUCUCUUGCAUCUUCUCCUCCUGAGUGCUGGGUCUCCUGUAACAAUCCAAAGGCCACAGGGCAGUGUAAAGUGAAAAUGCAAUUCAAGGUACUCAGCAUAAGAAUGGAUAAAAGAAGAUUGUCAAGGAAAAGACUGAUGACUUUUUACUAUAAAUAAUUAACCUUGUACAGGUUUGUUAAAGAAUGCAAGCUAAAUGUGGAUUCAAAGGGUAAACACUGCUACCAUUUUACUAUGAAUGUUGGAGUUUUAUUACUAGGGUGUUUGUUAUUUCCAAGCAAUAGUUUGAUCUCCAGCCCAGAAGGGCUACCAAGGAGGUGUCCUGGUUUUUAAUGGUCUGUACAUGGAAAUGGAAGGUCAGAACUUUCUCUGCUUCAUCAGAUUUCUUGUUUUGGGGGGGAUUCAAUAGUUCAUGUCUUACUUGUUCUGAGAAGGACAUAAGUACAUGUGAAAACUUUUCUAAAUGAGUUACAGACACUGGUUUCUUUAAGAGGAAAGAGGCAUAUUUUGCACAGACAUAGUUACUGAAGUCAUAAUUUGCCAUUCUUUAAAGAAUACACUGGACCUGGCCAGAUAUUUUUCGUCUUAAGCAGCUGAACUUAUCUGAUAACAGAUCAUGUGGAUUCAUCACCUCUCCCUUUUGGGAGGGAGGAAGACACAGACAGAGAUGGCACAUUUUAAAAUGUGGAAUAUCUUCAAUGCAGACUCGCUCACAGAUCUUAAGUUAUUGUGAAAGUUUAGCUAUUCAUUGUUCCAAUAUCCCUGCUAGAUUUUGUAUAAUUCUGUAUUAAUAUGCAGGCAGAUUCCACCCCUGAGAAACACCAUCACUGCUUCAUUUGUAUGUAUUGAUACUGUGCGUUCCUGCCACUGCGGCUCUUGUAUUUACUUUGAGCACUGAUCACUUCUGAUCCUCCUGCAUAUGUUCUGCUAUGAAAUGUAUUAAGAGACUACCAGCUAGGUGAAUGUUUUUGUCUAUGGUACAAACAGUGGCAAAUAAUAGUAAAGGUACAGCAAACCCUACAGAACAGAAAGAAAGGAAAAAACCUGAAACACCAAACCCUAAAAUAUAGCAAGAAAAGAAAGCGCUCCAGUUUAAAAGAAAAAGGAAGAGAGCCACGUUGUGUUCACAGAUGAAAAGCCAAUGUUUUUUUUUUUCAUUUGCACUUUUGGAAUUGAUUUUUUCCGAUCUGAUUUUCUUUGGGCAAAAUGUUGUAAAUGAAAAUAUUUACACCCUGUGGUUUCCCUUCAGCUGAGCAGCUGGUUUUCUUUGUUUGUUACACCAAACACGGGGAGGCACUGGCAGCUCUUGCACUGUGUGUGGCAGCGAAGUCCUGUGGAAAAAACCAUGUCCCACUGGGAACAGCAUGUGCUGGUGGAUCCCUGGCAAGAAGAAGAAGAAAAGGUCCAGGGACAGACAGCAGAGAGAGUGAAUGACAUGCCUGCAUUGCCACUUUUCAUCCUGGAAAGCAAUUGUGUUGCUGCUUGUUGAGCUCUGCAGCUGAGGUUUGAGCAGCCUUCUCAUACCUGUGCCCACGGGACAUCCCCUUGUGUUAGCAAGCCCACUGUACCUUCCUGUUGCUGGGUUUUUGUUUCUUUUGUUGUUGUUGUUAAUGAGAUGAAUAAUAAUAAUAGCAACCACUAAAAUGCCUAAAAUACUUCUGUAAGUCAAAUGAUGUUUGCAACGAUGUGGCACACGUGUCACUAAAGCCACCCCACAAACACGCAGCUUCACUUCAUAGCGAGUUGCUCCUAAGCAGCGUGUGUCCUUGCUGAUAAGGGGAAGGAAUAAAAGAAGUUUCAUAUCAGGGCCUAUUAUUUCUUCUAUUUUGAAUAUUUAUACUGCUGCUCCAAUGGAGCCAGUUGGAUCUAUUUCUGCGAAAUAGCCAUUACCUAUCCCAUGGCACAAAAACUACACGUGUAUUUCUUAGGAACUUUUCCUACUGGUGUGCGUUAAAUACUGUAGCAAUUGUAGUUUUGUGUUGUGUGUAAAACCUGAAAUACCUUGCUUUGAUACUUGUGUGUGUUGCCAGAAUGUUCUGCAAGCAGCUUGUUCUAAGCAGGAGCAAAAGGUAUCUUGAACUGCCGUUACCUGUGCCGUAGAUGGCUCGAUAAGCACGUCCUAAAGCGAUGCUUUCUGAUAGAUGUGCUGAUGAUUUGCAGCAAAGUCAUCAGGUCCAAGCCUGCUUUGGAACAGAGCAGACCAACUGAGUGUGCCAGCAGGGAGAACACCUCUCAUUCUUGUUAGCACAGUCACGGCCUGUGUAGAAGAGCAAAAAACCGGCAAUUUUUGGCACCCUUCCUGUACGCUGCCUCCAGAAGUGGCAUGGACAGUUCUCUUCCAAUGCAGGCCAUACUCAGAGCUUUACCGGGCCUUGCAGAGGACUGAGUCUCCCAGGAGUUCUCUCCUCCCAGGGGGUUCUCUCUGCCCUCCCGAGGUCAGGCUCUGGAGGACAGCCAGUGCCUGGCUGAGUGUCCCCGUGGGAGGCUCUGCUUUGCCCAUGGCCGCGAGCCGUCGGCGCAUGCAGGGCUCAGGAGCCAGCCAGGCUGGCACAGCCACUGGGGCUGCAAAGAGGGAGCUGAGGGGCUCUGAGGCUCAGGGUUGGGGGCUGCAGGGAGCCACCAGGGAAGCUGGGUUGUGUUGGGUAUUUUGAGCGUGACUGUGAUUCAUUUGCGGCUUUCAUCUUCUGAAAGCAAGGGUCACCUUCGCGUCUGAGGCUGCUCUGGUUCUUGGACCAGGCAACUGUUUUUGUUUCCAUUCCUUGCAAUUUCAGAUGAUCUUCAGUGAGUAUUUCAAAGGGAGAUUAAAGAGCCUUUUUCUCCAUGGAGAGGCUUCACUGCAGUUCUUACUUUGACUUAGAUAUGUGACCCUUGGCUGGCUUCAGAUCUGCUUGACAUGGAUGGCCUUCCUUUGACAGUGGUUCAAAGGCAGAAUGACAGGACAGGGUAUGAUAAGAGAUGGUCUUAAGACAUGUUGGGAAAACUGCUUUUGUCCCUACCAAAGGUGAACUUUUUACUUGCCUUUUUUCUCCUCCCCCCUUUUUGUUUUUUAAUUUUAAUUUGCAUGUGCUGCGCUUUUUAAUAGACUUUUUAUGUGAUAGGAACACCAAUAUGAAAUGUGUGCAUGGGAGAUUUUAAUUUGCAUAAUUUGUUGGUUUUGCUGUGAUGCCACUUGCAUGCUUAGUUUCCAGAUCUCUGUCCUCAGCUGUGCCACUGAAAUCAAUUGAUUAACUUUGGAUUUGUGAUGGUUGUGCUUGUGGAGAACAAGGUGCAGGACUGGCUUUUUUCCUUGACAAAACAAAUCAGGUAGAACGGCAGUCAUGCUUUAGAAAAAACAACAUUCAAGGCAGGAGGAGUAACCUGAAGGUAACUUUUAAUACCCCUCUGUCAGAACAGGGAUUUUUAUGUCUUUUCCAAUUGAUACUUGUGAGAUAAAAUGUACAUUCAGUAUUGUUGAAUAACUUUUUAGAAAACCAUAGCUUUCUGCUGACUGACAAAUAUUUCUUAUAUUAAGAUUUUUGGAAACCCUAAUCCUUUCAAUUAAAGUUCACAGAGAUGCAACAGUGUGAGGUUUGUCACUUUCAAAGUUACACCGCUGGAGCUUUAAACUCAUUUAAAAAUAUAUUUUAAAAAUCAAUCUCAGUGGACCCUGCUUACCUGAAUUUAAUUCUGCCUUGUGCUUUCAAAGUUUUGCUUGAUCAGCAGCCACUGCAAGUUAGUCUAAAAGAGACUUAAAUCCUGGUAAAAAUGUCCCUUUUAGACUGGUACAACUUUAACUCGAUCAGUUUAAAGCCAUGGUUUUAAGGAAAGCAGUGGAAGUUUGAAUAUUUGAAAGACCUCAUACUCAGAUUUAAGGAGCUGCAGAGUCUGAGUGUGCUGAAUGGAUGCACCCAGCAGAAUGCAGGGCUUAGUUUCAGGAAGGGAUUGUUCAGUAUUCAGGGACUUGAGUGAAAUCUGACCUUUGUGAAAUCAGGGGCAGAACCCCUGUGACUGAUGUAGGGUCAGUGCUGUGUUUGUAGCAGAGUCCUGGAAGGGAUGAGGACACUGCAUAUUUUUGGGUGAGUGGCCUUUUUAUUUUCUUACCUGAAUAGAUAAAUGACUAUUAAUUAAUAAGACCAAGCACCUUUAAGGGAAUUUACAUAAAUACUCUGUUACCACUUAGUGGCCUCAAAUCUGAAGCACAGUUCCAGAAAGCAUCAACUUCUGCCCAAACUGCUUGCAAUUGUCUGGCUGAAUCUGCAGAAUCAAGCUCUGGUGAGGAUUUGAUCCCUGCCUUUUGGAGAAGUUUCACUUUAUUCUGGUAAAGCAAUAGGGUAAGGAAUGGAAGUCUGUUUAGUUGUGCCCUGGGGAUGUAAAUUGGCUAUGAAAUGGAUUAUUUGCUGGCCUGAAACAGUCUGACAUCUAGGCCAAGUUAUCCAAGUUUGGGUAGAAGCACCUAAUUUGAGGAAGACCUCCAAAAAAAGCAGAUUGUUUUAAGCAACACAUUUUUAUAUGUAUUUAUGUAGCAAAAAUGACUUUAUUGUGGUAUUUUUUAGAUAGGUUUCUGUUUUUCUAAUAGACUUGCAGAACAAGUUUGUAAACCCCCCACACCAGAACAACCUGACAGAAAUCUUGUCAGUGUCAUCUGUCUCUGCCAGGUAGGAUUUGAAUGGUGCUAAAAGUCAACGUGAUAAUUUUACAGCAGCAAUUCAGCACAACAUUUUUACUGCCAGCUGAGGAAAACCACACCACUGCAUGCCUGCCCCUGUGAGGAUGUUUGUAGCUGGUUACAGCUCCUCUCCAGUGCUGAGCAUUUGUCCCUGAGGUUUUCCAUUGGUGUGCCCAAAAUCUCUCCCAGGGGCAGAUAUAUCCCUGUACACCCAGCAGCCACCCACUUUGCUUCCUUAUUUUACCUUGCUCCUUGUGUUGCCAGGAUUCAGAAUUUUGCUUUGACUUUCUCUGUAUCCCUCUGGCCCACGUGCUGCUUUCUGUAACACAGAAUUAAUGCUCUGGGCCAGCACAAAUAGUGUGGAGGUUUUGAUCCAGUAAGCUGAUGGGAGAAAAUGCAAGGAGAUCCUUGCUUGGCACACCAGCCUGUGAGCACCUGGCUCCAAACAGCACAAACUGCCUGCCUGGAAAGUGCCUGGAAUGUUCCACUGGGAUAAUCAGGCACUGCACAGGACAUGGGAACACUUCUCACGUGUUUUCAGAGACUCCCUCAAGGGAAUUUUGCACCCUGUGCAAAGACAUGCAUUAUACAAUAAAUAUAAUUGAUCUAAUUAAGGGAUUUUAGAUCUGACCUGGGCCUUUUACACUUUGUGAAACCAGAUUAUACUAUGGGAGUUUUACUGAGGGACUUGGUCACAAGUUUAUAUAAUUCAUUGUCAGGUUUUUAGUGGUUUUUUUAAAAAUAUAUGGACAUAGAUUUGUAUUCAAGCAAAAUACAAUAUUUAUACAUAUAUAUACACUUUACCUAGUAAAGUAUAUGUGUGAACUGUUGUUAAAUUGAAGCCCUGUGGUAACCAGCUAUUUCUGCAUAGGAAUAAAUUCUUACCAUGGUAAGUGCUAAGAUACUAUAGGUGUAUGAGUAUUUAAGACAGUCUUACACAUGCCUAUUUAUAAACUCAAGCAAAGUUUUUAUUUGUUUUAGCAAGGUAUUGUGAGUGGUGCAUGGCAGAUGCCAUGCAUCUGUGUAAUACAUCUGUGUACAUUGAGUAAUAUUUCUAAUUAUUGUUAGUCAUUUGAAAUUCCAGUUCUAUUGCUGGAUAUAAAGUCAGCUUUGAGGGAAAAAAAAGAGCAUAUGUGAGACAUUGAGGAGGUCAGAAAGUUCUGUGCUGCAGUAUUUGUGCAUUUUAUUUAUUUAUUUAUCAAACACAGAGUGCUGAGCCCCUGGUUCAAGGAAACAUUUCCCCAUGCGGGCAGAAGAUUUAGGAACCUAAUUUUGGUCCCUUCCUAAAGCCAAUGCCAGGUUUCCCUGGGUCAGGGGCCAAGCAGACUGAGCUAUUUAAAGCAUCAUUCUGUCCUUUUAAGUGGCCACAAAAAAAGGGGUGAGACCUUCUCAAAUGGUUCUUGUAACUUUUAUUAGUAGAGAAGCUGAGAAAUGCUGAGAGAUCCAAAGAUGCUUCUGCAGGUGAUGUAGAAAUAUGUAAAUAGUAAAUACUCCUUGCACUUUUAAUACUUGUAAUGUCACUGUCACGAGGUACCAUUUGCAAUAACCAAAACCCACAUUUCAUAAUGUCUACCCACAAGUAGACUUUUUUAUUAUUAUAUUUAGAGGUGUUUUUUU